AUGUUAGUUUCCGUUGGUUCUAUUGUGGUUUUUGUUGUUGGUUCCGCUGUGGUCGUCAUCGGUGUUGGCUUUGUUUGCUUUGCAGUGUUUAUUGUUUUGGUUGUUUCUAUUCUGGUUGCUGUGGGUUCUUUUUCGGUUGUUGGUACUAUUGUUGUUGCUCUUGGUACUGUUGUGGCUGAUGUUGUGGAUUCAGCUGUUGUUACGGUUUCUACACUGGUUGAGGUUCUUUGUAAUGUAGUGGUUGCUUUUGUUUGUUUUCUUGUUGUGGGUAUCGAUUCUAUUGUGAUUGAUGUUUGCUGUGUAAUGUUUGUUGUUGUCGGUCCUGUUGUGGAUGUCUUUAUGUUUUUUUGCGUAACUAAUGUUGGAAUUAUUGUUGUUGUUUCCUCUGAAGCUGUUGUUUGUUCCCUUGUGGUUAUUGUUGCGGGUUCCGUUGUAGUUUUAGCCGUUGAUUCUGUUGUGGAUGUUGGUCCUAAUGUGUCUGUUGCUGUAUCUUCUAUUGUAGUGGUCGUUGGUUCAGCUGUGGUUGUAAUUGUCUGUAUUGAAGCUAUUGUUGUCGUUUCUGUCGUAGUUGGUGUUUCUGGUGUAUUUGUGGUUGGUUGCGUUUUCCUUGUUGUUGGCUGUGUUGGAGUUGGUUCUGUUGUUGUGGUUUCUGCUGUAGAUUUUGUUAGUUCUAGUGGAGCUGUUGUUGAUAGUACUGUUUUUGUUGUUGGUUCUCUUUUUGCAGAUUUUGUGGGUUCAGUGUUAGUUGUAUUUGUCUUUGUUCUUGUUGAUGUAGUUGGUUCUGUUGUGUUUAUAGAUGUUUUUGGCUCUGCUGUGGUUGUUAUUGAUUGCGUUGAAUUUGGUGGUCCUAUCGUGAUUCUUGUUUUUGAUACAGGUUGUAUUGUUGUUGUUGGUUCUGUUGUGUUUGCUCUUUUUGUUACUUCUGUUGUGGCUGUUGUUAGUGCCGCUGCACUGGUUGGUGUUAGUGUUCGAAUUAUUGUUGUUGAUUCUGUUUUGCUUGUAUUCGUGUCUGUUGCAGUUACUGUCGUUGCCUCUGCAGUGCUGAGCGUUUCUAUUGUGGUUGUUGUCGGUAUCGUUUUUGUUGUUGUUCGUUUUGUUGUGAUUGAUUUCGUUGAUUCUUUGAUAGAUGUUGUUGGUUCCUUUGCUGUUGCCGCAGGCUCUGUUGAUAUUGCUGUUUGUUCCCUUGUGGUCGUCUUUUCUAUUCUUGCUGCGCUUGUUCGUUGUAAUGUAGGUGUCACAUUUGCUUGUUUUGUCAUGGAUACCGGUCCAGUUAUAGUUGAUAUUUGUUCUGUUAUGGAUGCUGUUGCUGGUUCUGUUACGAGUGAUGUUGUUGGUUCUGUUGUAGUUGUCGUUGAUGCUUUGGUCGUUGUUGUAGGUAAUGUUGGAGUUAAUGUUGGUUGUUUUGAAUUUGUUGUUUGUUCCAUUGCGGUUGUUCUAGGUUCUGUUGUAAUUGGUCUCGUUGAAGCUGUUGAUUCUCUUGAUGGUGUUGAUUUUGCUGCGGUUAUUGAUGAUUCUUUUGUGGUUGUCGUCGUUCUUGUAGGUUCUGUUGUAGUGCUCGUUGGUACUGUCGUUGUUCUUGAUAUGGUUUUUGUUGUUGUUGGUUCUUUUGUGGUAGCUGCAGUUGAUGUCAUAGCUGCUUUUACCCCUAGUGUGGUUGUUGCCGGUCCUGUCGUAGUUGUUCUUUGUCCUGCUGUGGUUGGUUUUGGUUCUGUUGUAGUUGCUAUUCUUCCUAACGUGGUUGUUGUUGGUUCCGCUAUGAUGGCGGUGGACUCAUAUUUGGUUGUAUUUGUUGGUAGUGCAGUUGUUCUUGCUGGAACUGUUGUAAUUGCCGUUGCGAGUUCUGAUGUUGUUUUCGAUUCCCUUGUGCUUGUUGAUAUAGGUAGUGAUGUAGUGGUUAUUUUUGUUUGA